CGACCGGGGAAAUUAUGAUUUAUCUCAACAUAGCCAACAUUCUCAAAAAGACUUGCGGGUUAAUGGGAUUAUUCCAGAAGUAAUUGAAGUAUCUUUUGGCGUAGAAAGAUUAAUGUUAGCCAUCUUGGAGGAUGCCUAUCACGAAGAAACAACAACUUCAGGCUUAACGAGAACAGUUUUAAAAUUACAUCCUUUGUUGACCCCUUAUUUUGUUGCCAUUAUUCCUUUGAAUUCUCGGCAACAACUCCAAGAAAAAACUCACCAAAUCUACCAAGAAUUACUAAGGGAAAUUAAUUUUGCCGUGACUUACGAGGCCGAUAGUAGUAUUGGUAAGAGUUAUCGCCGACAAGAUGCAAUUGGCACUUAUUAUUGCGUCACGGUGGACUGGCAAACUCUCCAAGACCAAACUGUUACUUUGCGGGAACGAGAUAAUAUGAAGCAAACGCGGAUUAAUGUUUCUUCUCUAGCCCAACAUUUACAAGAGAAGUAUAAGAACCAACCGAAAGCCAUUCAAAGGCUAGUUCGGGGCAUCCAGCAAGGUCAAAAAGAACAAGUAUUAUUAGGAGCCACCGGCACAGGUAAGACUUUUACCAUGGCUAAUAUUAUUCAACAGACCCAAAAAAGCACUUUAAUUUUGGCUCAUAAUAAGACCUUAGCUAUGCAAAUUUACCAGGAAAUGCAGGGCUUUUUUCCGCAUAAUAAGGUAGAAUACUAUGUUUCUUAUUUUGAUUAUUAUCAGCCGGAGGCUUACAAACCCGAGAGUAAUACUUAUAUUAGCAAGAAAGUUCAACGCAACGCUAUGGCCUCAGUAGCCGCGAUUUAUGGUUGUUCUAAUCCCGCUUCUUAUCACAAAGCAAUAUUUAAUUUAAAAGUCGAUGAGGAGAUUAGCACCGAAAAAAUUCUAGCAAAAUUAUUCCAUCGUGGUUAUCAGGAGGGAAAAAAUCUUAAUAGUGGUAAUUAUCGGAAGGAAGAGGAUAAUAUUUUUUUCAUGCUGGGUUGGGAGGAGGAUUAUUAUUUUCGGAUAGUUAUCAAUGAUGACAAAGUUCAGCAAAUAGAAAGGUGGAACAAGCAAAUGGGGGAGAAGGUUGCGAGUUUAUCAGAAAUUGCCAUUCCCCAGGCUCGGGAUUACGCUGCUGGUUAUGUUAAGGAGGGAGAAGAGUUAGUAAUUGCCUCAGAAAAAAACUUUUUUGCUAAGAUUAGACAAGAAUUAGCCGAAAGAAAAGAAGAAUUGGCCCGGGCAGGGAAAUUUCUUGAAGCCGAAAGAUUAGAAGUCCGUACUAGCCAAGACUUACAAGAUUUAAGAGACCAGGGUUUUUGUCCGGGCAUUGAGAAUUAUGCCCGGUAUUUUGAUGGUCGAAAACCAGGCGAAACUCCUUUUGUCUUAUUAGAUCAUUUUCCGGAGGGAUUUUUAACUAUUAUUGACGAGUCGCACAUUACUAUUCCUCAGGUUAGGGCCAUGUAUAAUACCGACCGAAGACGCAAGGAAACCUUGGUAAAAUACGGUUUCCGCUUACCUUCGGCUUUGGAUAAUCGGCCUCUCAACCAAGAAGAGUUUUUUCAGAAACUCAAUUACGCUCUUUAUGUUUCGGCUACUCCCGGCAAUUUUGAAAUGGCUAAGGUAAAUCACCAGCCGGUCGAACAAAUUAUCCGUCCGACGGGGCUUUUGGACCCGGAAAUUGAAGUGCGGAGUUCCGUUAACCAGAUUACAGAUAUUAUGCGAGAAAUAACUGAGAAAACCAGUCGAGGGGAGAAAGUGCUUAUUUAUGCUUUGACUAUCGUCAUGUCCGAGCAAAUUGCUAGUUAUCUCCGCGAAAAAGAUAUUCGGGUAGUAUAUUUACACAGCCGCUUAGAAAUUUUUGAGCGUUAUCAGGCGAUUACUAGUUUACGGCGUGGGGUUUAUGAUGUGAUUGUAGGGAUUAAUUUGUUGAAAGAGGGAAUUGAUUUGCCGGAAGUUUCUUUGGUUUGUAUUUUGGAUGCCGACAAGCCCGGAUUUUUGCGGGAUACCCGGUCUUUAAUUCAAAUAAUUGGCCGGGCUUCACGGAAUAAAAGCGGCAAGGUCAUUCUUUAUGCUGACGAGAAGACGAAAAAUAUGUUAGGUGCUAUCCAGGAAACUGACCGUCGUCGUCAAAUUCAAAAAGCUCAUAAUUUACAAAACAAUAUUAUUCCUCAGACUAUUCAAAAGCCGGUUAAGAAUAUAGUUUUGGACCCAACUAUAGCUGUUUUGGUAGAAAAAGCUCAACGAGGAGAAAUGAGCGAAAAAGAGUUGUUAAAGUUACAGAAAAAUUUACGGCGGCAAAUGAAAAAAUCCACGCGGGAAUUUCGUUUUGACCGGGCUAUUGUUUUGCGUGAUGCUUUACUAGAUUUAGAAAAAAUUGGGGAAAAACCCGUUUUAGUUUAG